AGCUCGUCAACGCGUGAGGAAGGCAAGUAGGCAACGGGGGAAGAAUCCAACCCAAAGAGGAAAAAUCGCAGAGCCAUGGCGGCCGGAGCAGCCGACGAGGAGGAGGACCGGCUGAGCGGCCUCCCCGACGACGUCCUCCACUCCAUCCUGGCCCGCCUCCCCUUCAAGCACGCCGUCCGCACCAGCGCCCUCUCCAGGCGGUGGCCGCGCCUCUGGCUUCACGCGCUCGCCGCCUCGCCCGUCCUCGACUUCACCGACCCCGACUUCGUCCGCGGUCACUCGCGAGCGCAGUUCGUCGCCACCGUCAACCGCUGCCUCAGCGCCCGCGGCGCCGCCCCUCUCCGCGCGCUCCGCGUGGCCUUCUCCCCCUUCGGCGCGUUCGAGCGCGACGUCGUCGGCUGGAUCUCGGCCGCCCUGGGGAGCGGCGCCACGGAGGUGGACGUGGAUCUGAGAGCGCAGGGAAGAAGAAGAAGCGGGGGGAUCGAGGCCGAUGCCGAGGACGACGGCGGCGGGACGUUCCGCCGCACGGAGGUGGAGCUUCGGGGGGACCUGUUCUGUUCCCCGAGCUCGCUGUCCCGGCUCAGUCUCAGCCGGUUCAGCCUCCGCCACGUCCCGCCCGGCGCGGCGGGGCUCGCCGGCCUGACGUCGCUGUCUCUCAGCCACGUCGACGUCACCGACGACGCUCUCCGGGACGCAGUCUCCGGCUGCCCCGUUCUCGAGUUCCUGAGCCUGAGGAGCUGCGACCUCCUCUCGAAUGUGAGAAUCGCCGGCGGGAGGCUGCGCGGCCUGGAAGUCGUGCGCUGCCAGGUGCGGCAGCUGCAGGUGGCCGCGCCCGCGCUCGAGUCCUUCGCCUUCCACGGCGAUCUCAUGUACCUGAGAGAAGACGACAGCAAGCCCCUGGAGUUCAUCGGCAGCAAAGGCAACAACGUGACGCCGCCGCCGUCGGAAGCCACGCCGGAGCUGCGAGACGCGUACCUGUCCCACGUCGACUUUAGCGGAGAAGACGAAGUCUUCGACGGGUUCGCCUACACAGAGUUCCUAAACAAGGUCGCGCAUGCCAAGAUCCUGACAAUUUGCUCCGUGGCCUUGCUGCACAUCGAAGAAGAGAGAUUUUUCUCUAUGCCCACCAUAGACACCCCGAACCUACAAGAGCUGCAGGUGCUCAUGGGCUCCCUGGGCGACGACGACGACACGCGCUUCCCCGACUUCUUCGAGCUCGCCGCGCCGCCGCUUCUCGAGCGCCUCUUCAUCCAGGUAAACAUCCAGCUCCCAGCCGAUUGCGACGGCGACAGUGAAGAGGAGGACACGGACAUGGUUCCCGGCCACGAGAUCUCUCUUGGCCGCCUGACGUUCAUCAAGGUGGCCAACUUCCGGGGGACGAGGCGCGAGCUGCGGCUGCUCAGGUUCCUCGUGGGGAUGGCGCCUGCCCUGGAGCAGCUGGUGCUCGUCACGCCAGACCCAGAAGCAGAACAGGGGGGAACGACUCUGAGACACGAUGACCAAGACAAGCAACAGCUCCUUCAGAUCGUCCAGGAGCAAUUGUCGGAGGUUCGGAAAGCUCGGCGGGAUCAGGCCCAUGUCGUCGUGUGCCGGGCGAGGGACGAUGGCAGCCGGAGGCCCGCGCACAGCAAGUACUACCACCAUGACCGGGAAUAGCUCAGUUUAUAUGUACGGAGUAGGACAUAUCUCUAUUUUGAAAGUGGGAUUUGCUGUGUCUUAUGGAUACUGGUCCAAAGUGGGAUUUGCUGCCGUUUUGAACGUCCACGCUUUGUGUGAUAACCCUGUUUUUAGCUAUAAACUUGGUUGUGCAUCAAGCAUUGCAUACGCACGUGCCUAAGCACUUUUUUUUAUUCACUUAAACUGAAAAUCAGUUACAACAAGAAGAGAAAAGCUUAAGUGAA